CGCGGCGCUCCCCGUUUCGGCGGGAACCGUGAACCGCGUCCCCAGGAGACGUCGUAGGUGCUUUGAUGACGACGUCUUGGGGAUUUGCAAAAUUACUCUCUGGCAAUUUGCUGCACCUAGGCGCCUGACGACUGUGCUUUCUUCCGUCGAUUCCGCCAAACGACAUUACCGCCGAUACCAUCCACAUACCACCUCGCGUGUACUUCCAACCCCUCUAUGUUUUUUUGGCCACCAUUCAUUCUCUCUAGCCACUACAACUACUACUACAGGACAAACAUGUACAAUCUGCAUAGCAUUCGCAUAGAUGGAGCGUUGAUGACAUUUUUGCCGGUCCUUUGCAUUUGAUGGGAUUUGUUUUGUUUUUGCUUUUUUUGUGUCCCCGCACCGGCGUCGAUGGAUUGGGGGUCGUGGAGGUUGGCUCUGCGCGAGGUUGUAUUGUAUGGGAUGGGAUGGGAGUGGGUAGCUAGGCUAGAUAGAGGGGAUGGGAAUGGGAAUGAUAUUGUAACGGUAUUUGGCGGUUGUGGUGAUUGUGUGAGUGAGUUGGUGAGGGUGAAGGUGACCCCUGGCCCAAGCGACGCCUCCGCCCAUUUGCGGGGAAGGGUCGAGCUAGAGCAUGUGGUGCGAUGGGAGCGAUGCAUGACGCUUUCCGCUUUCCGCUUCCCGCUUUCCGAAUUCCGAAUUCCGAAUUCCCAUGCAGCAGCCGCCAGCUGGGUGAGAUGAUGCGCUGAUGUGUUGAGGAUGGGAGAUGGGGAUUUGAGGUUGAGGUACGGCGAGGCUCAAUGGAAGGGGAGGGAGAUGCGCGAUGACAGUUGAUCUUCCCUCCCCUCCCAGAGCUCUCGCUUACCAUUCCCAAACCAGCCUAGCCCCACUGCCGCCCAAAACCUUCGCCUUGCACCGAUCUCGAACCACAGCCACAGAUGCACGGUACCUUACUCUCACUACCACUUGCUCAAUCGACCACACGCAUUUCCAUCACCAAUAUCCCCGCCAACACCUCAACGCACUCCCCGAAUGCGCGCGGAGACGACUUCAAUCAUUGUGUAUACUUUAUCGUAUCGCACACACACACACACGCACCACGGCUGCGACUGCGAUACCAAGAGCCAGCCAGCCCCACACCCACCUUCACGACCAGAUCGACGACCGCAGCGCCCGGCAGCGCAGGCACACGACACAGUGAGAGGCUGCAUGUAGGCACGCCAGCGCGAUGAGUACCGAUGUGAUAGCUCGCGUGGCGCCGGUGCUCGACGACAACGCUGCGAAGAUGGCGGCGGGGCUGUUCUCGCCCCCCGACAGUAAGAUGCGGAUGGCGUUUGAGGAUAGCGAUUCGGAGCUUAGCGAGUUGGAUGAGGAGGGGUAUUCGAUUGGUGCGCUGCCUAAGAUGGGGGAGGCGCGGGAGCUGAGGGAGGUGGGAGAGAAGAAGGAUGCUGGGGAGGGUGUAGAUGAGAAGAAACCCGACGAGGUUGCUGGGGAGAAGGAGCCGGAGGUUGAUGAUAUUGGUGAGGUGGUACCGGAUCACUACGCGGAUGAGGGGAGAGUGCCAGUCUUCAAACCGACGAUGCACCAGUUUAAGGACUUCCAGGUUUAUAUGGGUCGCAUCAACCCAUACGGCAUGCAAUCCGGCAUUGUGAAAGUGGUCCCCCCACAGGAGUGGCUCGACAACCAGCCGGAACCGGACGAAAUUAUCAAGACGAUUCGAGUUCGGGAGCCGAUCAAGCAGGAUAUCAUGGGGACGAAUGGAACGUAUCGCCAGAUGAACCUGCUGCACCAGAGAGCAUACAAUCUUCCGGAAUGGCGCCAAUUGUGCGAUCAGACUGAACAUCAGCCUCCUGCGCGACGUGGUGAGGUUCGCGCGACGCAGGAGAAGCCGAGGACUAGCGGUCGCGGUAAGAAGGAGAGCACACCAGCGGGGGAGAAGGUGGCUGCGCAACCGAGGAAGAAGAACGGGCGAGCAUCAAGAAAGAGCCUGGCUCAAAAAGACGCAGACAAGGACCAGAAGGAGAGACUGCCAACGCCAACUUCUCCCCCCAUCAAGCCAGACGAUGACGCCGAUGCACCCAAUCUGGAGCCGCUCGAGCAGGACGAGCCACCACGCAAGCGCAUGGGUGGUGGUGGCCGCGGCGGACGAGGGGGGAAGGCUACUACGGUGUCAUCGCGCCGCAAGUACGGCCGCAGAGAGACGGCUGGGAAGAUCGACGAGGCUGCAUUCGAGAACUUCGAAUACAAGAUGGACAUCUCCGACUAUACCCCUGAGCGCUGCGAAGAGCUCGAACGCGCCUACUGGAAGACCUUGACAUACGCGCCUCCGCUGUAUGGCGCGGAUAUGUUGGGCUCUCUAUUCGACGAGAGGACGACUACCUGGAACCUUGGAAAUCUGCCGAAUUUGCUGGAUGUUAUGGGCACCAAGAUCCCCGGUGUUAAUACUGCCUAUCUGUACCUUGGGAUGUGGAAGGCUACUUUUGCGUGGCAUUUGGAGGAUGUCGAUCUCUACAGUAUCAAUUACCUUCAUUUCGGUGCUCCCAAGCACUGGUACAGCAUUUCGCAGCGGGACGCGAGGAAGUUUGAGGCUGCUAUGAAGAGUAUCUGGCCGACGGAUGCGAAAGAGUGCGACCAAUUCCUCCGACAUAAGACAUUCCUCAUCUCCCCAUCUACUCUCCUUAAGAACUACGGCAUCAAGGCCAACAAAAUCACGCACUUCCCUGGGGAGUUUAUGAUUACCUUCCCGUACGGAUACCAUUCAGGAUUUAAUAUGGGGUAUAAUUGUGCUGAAGCUGUCAACUUUGCGAUGCCAUCCUGGCUGGAGAUGGGCCGGAUUGCGAAGAAGUGCGAUUGCGCCCAGGCUCAGGACAGUGUCUGGAUCGAUGUGGCGCAAAUCGAGCGCAAGAUGCGUGGAGAGGAGACUGAUUAUGAGGAAAGUGAUGAGGAGGAGGAGGAGGAAGAGGAAGAUGAUAACGGUCCGACCGAUCUUCCUACACCUCCGGAAAGUAGUGGCGACGCAAAGCUCAAGCAGCCUCGACGCAAGCGGAAGCGUGUUGUUUCUGAUAAGGAUGGAGUUGACAGGACAAAGCGAAUUCGCAUCCGCAUGAAGGUCUCAAACGAGCCAUGUUGCCUGUGCCCGAACGACAUCAAGACACAACCUCUUAUUCCCACCGAAGAUGGCCGUAAGGUGCAUCGUCUCUGCGCCGAAUACACGCCCGAAACCGACAUCGAUGAAGGUAUUGUGUACAACGUCGCCGCGAUCGGAAAGGACCGCCUCGAUCUCAAGUGCAUGUUCUGCCACAGCAGGAAGGGUGCGAAGAUCCAGUGCUCGCAGCGGAAAUGUACCAGGUCGUACCACGCAACGUGCGCAGCGGCUGCGGGCAUGUUUGUCGAGACGGGGGAGAUCCCGGUGUUUGGCGAGGAUGGAACGGAGUACAAGCAGCGGGGGGUCGAGUUUAGUUGUCGGUUCCACCGCGCGAAGCGUGAUAAGAAGCUUGAUGAGUAUGUUUUGGAGGAGGAUGAGGAUAUUAGUAGGGCUGCGAUGGCGGUGAGGGAGGGUGAGAUUUGCCAGUUCCAGUUCUUGAAGAAGGAGAUCUUCGCGGGUGUUGUGGUGGAGAAUAGGACGAGCGAGGAGGUGCUUCUUGUUGAUAUCCUACCUUCUGGGGACCGGUUCGAGGUUCAGUACAAGUACAUUCUGCUGCCAGAUCCUACAGACUUCCAUCUACCUAAACCCUCCGACAAGGCAAUCCCGAUGCCGAGAUCACGACACGCAAAGGAUGCCCUCGUCACUACCAAGCGUCACGCCGAUGACCUACCAAGAAAGGACGAUGCCUUUGUCGAGGGCGCCACCUGGGCAGAGUUCAGCGCCUUUAACACACCUAGGAACCCGGCCCAGGUCAAGGUCGACCUUUCGAAAGAGAGGCAGGUUAUGUAUUAUAUGGGCAAGACGUCGACGGAAGCCAAGGCACAGUAUACGGCGGACUGGACAAAACCGGUUUACGAUACCAGAUGCAACUUCCUCGAGACGAUUCCCAAGCCACCCCCGGCACCGAGGGCUUCAUACCCGGCCUCUUAUCCACGGCCGAGUGGGCGCGCCAUCAAUCCUUCCAGGCCAGCACCUCCAAGGCCGACGUCGUAUAAACCCAUUCUACCGCCUACAUAUUCGCAGCCUCCACGGGCAUCUGUUAAAUCGGAUAAACCAUACGUAUAUAAGCCCAAGGUCGAACAAUACUAUGCAGAUCGACAGGUUAACAAUUCGCAGCUGCCAUAUACGGAAGAUCCUGCCCAGCAAUACCGGCAGCCGCAGCCUUAUCCCUAUGGAACGGAUCCAAGAUGGCCACCUGCGGAUAAUAGGGGACAGGGUCCAUAUGUCGCGCCUGCCCAACCGCGAGCCCCAGCCGCCGUGCAGAACCAUUAUAGUGGAUUCAGUACUCCCAAUCCUCUCCAACAGGCCAAUACCCAUACUCCGCUCGGCCCACAAACCCAUCAACAGGCCUCACAGGCAAAGCAAACCCCCAACGACAGCCCCCUCCAAAAACCCACCGCAAAACCCCACGGCCACCGAUCCUCAAGCUCCAGCGCCUUCAAAUUCAACGACGUCUUCCAGAAAUACCCCUACCUCCAGAAACAGCACAACAAAGCCCCAGGCACCUACCGCUCCCCGUACCGCCAGGACAUGCUCGGCUUCUGCAACGGCUACGAGGGGGACUUUAGGAAGCAUAUGGAGGCGCAGAUGCGGAAGGAUCCGAGAUUGCUUUCGCAGCAUUUGAUGCAGGCGAGCACCACCAGCAGUAGUCAGUUAGCAGCGCAAUCUAAAACUGCCGCGGCUGAGACGCCGAGGAAGUCGUACCCGGCUAUCCUCCCGCCGGCGAGGGAACAGUAUAGUUCCCCGGCGGCGAGUUAUUAUCCGAAUGGCGCUGCUGUGGCGAGUGCGAUGAAGCAGCAGCAGGUGUUGCAGGCGCAGAUUACGAAGCCGGUGGGGAUGCAGUGGGAUAAGAAGGAGGGAGGGCUACAUCCGGCGAUUAGGGCGGAGUAUGGAAGUGCUGGUGGGGUGGUGCAGGCGUACCAGCCUGUGGUGAAUCCACCGGCGCAGACGAGGAGGGAAUCUCCUAUCUUGCCGCCGGGGUAUCAGAGACCACAACCACAACCACAACCGCAGCCGCAACCACAACAGCAAACCGCACCUGCACCCGCGGCAGGGCAGUGGAAUGCACAAUACCAGCAGCCACCGCAGCAGAACCAUGUCGCUACCCCACCACUACCGCAGCAGCCGGGGUCGGCACACAUGAGUCCAGCGGCACAAUAUUACUCCCGUCCGCCGUCGAGACCGCAGUCAUCCCCGCUCACGCAGCCGGCUCUGCAGCCGCAUAUGAACGCAGCAGCUGAGAAUGUUCCACCGACGCAGAGCUUUUCGCAGAGUUAUAGUGCGCCGGUGAAGAGUUUUUACUCGGAUACUUAUCAUGCUGUUGGGGUGGUGGGGAGGAAGGGGGGUAUGCCUGCGCCUGCGCCGGCGGCUGCGGUUGGUGUGGAUGCUGGUGUUGCUACACCAGUUGCAGUGAUGUCGGGUACAAUGUUGGGUCCUCUACCACCACAACAAGCAGCGGUGGAUCGUAAACUCAACAUCCUCACCGGUGCCCCCGUUGCGCCGGCGGAUACUGAAAUACCAGACACUCCUGGGCCGAUGGAGGGUGUACAAGGGGGGGAUAUCCCAGAAAUCGACACCGAUUCGGCGGGGAUGAUGGAGACGCUCAUGCGGAACCUGCAGAGGGCUGCGAGGCAGGGACAGGUUUAAUCCUGGGCUGUUCUGUACAUGCGGGGAGGAGGAGGUGUAGGAAUAGGGAGGGAUGAUGAGUGAUGCUUGGGAUGUGGAAAUGGGACUGGGGGGGCGUUGUACAAAUAUUUAUUAUACCGGCGCGGCGCGGGACAGUUACAGUCGGAGCUACUUCUGAUGGACGGGGGGCUUGUUGGCUUUGUUGUGGGAGGGAGUUUUGUUUGCUGCGUUGUUUUUUUGAGACUUCGUUUCUUUGGCGGAUGGGGCCUACGGGGUAGGUAGGUGCCUUUGAGUAUAUUAGG